AUGCCGCCCAAAAGAGGUGCUCCAAAAGGUGCGGCAAACAAGUUGGUACCGGAUCAGGAAAGGAAGAAAUACAAUGACUACUAUUACUUUUACCGAAGGGGCGAACCCGAACGACGACGGAACAAAGUCAAACUGGCAAGCCAACCCGUGAACUUGCGUCUACACCAUGGAGUGGUUCCGGAUGAAAUCUUUCCCUGGAGAACGAACGAGGGGCUACAACGCUACGAUGAGUAUUACGCCUAUUUAGCAGAACAGAAGGACCAGAUGCAAAUUGAGCAGAAGGAAAGCUGGGACAGCAAGGACAAUGAAAGCGAGGAGAGUGAAAGCGAGGAUAGCGACGACCAAGAAAAAAAAGAAAAAGCAGAGACUGAGAAAUGGGAAACGGCCAGGGGGCUGACCAAGGACAUGUACGAAAAGGGAGCCGGCCUGCACUUUUGCAAGAUUCUUGGGGCUGGCGGCAUGGGCAUCAUCUGCGUUUUUGUCAGCUACGACGAGAACCAAACCCCAACGUUCUGGACGGUAAAGAGAGACAUAGGGGGCUAUGACGAGGUGGCUAGGGAAAAGGAGACCACACGGACCCUCCUCCGCGCGCCCCAUAUUGUUCAGGUCUUUCAUCCUUACAAGGAGAAACCUCAAGACACAGAUGACGACGAGCCGCUCGCGCGGCGGCCAAAGAAGCGGGCAAGAACAGAGCGAAGCCAAGCUGAAGUACGAAAGGAGAGUCGCGCUACCCGGGCAGGGCAAAGGGUCGCGUCCAUUGCAAGAAAGGCGGGUACAGCGGCGCGUCAGCCUCCAAUCGGACCUACCGACCAAGUAGAGCAGGUUCCCAAGAGCAUGGUUAUGGAAUACGUAGCAAGGGGCUCCCUUUACGAAUGGUUGGAAGGACUAGGGAAAUUAAAGGCCGGGACGGAACCAGAUUUGCGCAUUCCAAAUCGAGUCCUCUGGGAUAUGAUGGCUUGCUUCAUGAAAAUGUGCUUGGCUAUGGAGUAUCCCCCUUUAAUCUUUUUUCCUAAUCUUCCGGGACCUGAUCCUGUGGCAGAGGAUUUCGUCUGGAAUAUUGAUGAUCGUGAUGACGGGAACAUGGUACCAGAGCUCAAUCCAGGACCACAUAAUGGUUAUGUUAACAAGCCAGCCGGAACUAGUCUCGUUCACUUUGACAUUGAUCCACAAAACGUGCUCAUCGGGGAUUUUGAUUCGGAAUCCAGGGAAGGCAAGCACAGGGUCAACCCAACACAUCCGCAUUUCGAAAGGAUGACCGAUACUCAUGAUGGGACGCCUAUGUUCAAGCUAAUUGACUUUGGGCUCGCCAAAGAUAUGAGCGUUGAUGAUGCAUGUCGCCGUAAUCUAAAAGAUCUCUGGGCCCAUCGCCUCUGUGGAAAGCCAGGUUUCUAUCUCCCGGAGCAAUUUACAAGGGAGUGGGAAGCGAUUGUCGAAUCACCCGAUGCUCAACAAGCGAGGGUAGCCGGACAGUAUAGCUGGAAAUCCAAUCUAUGGCAACUUGCAUUGAUCAUGCACAUCGUCAUAACUUUCCGAUGGAAUCCAACUAAUACCAUCCAUCCCCUGAGAGACGCCGACUUGAUAUACGGCCCGCCAAACGACUUACCGCUCAAACGGCAGCGCAAGAGGUCGUACCCGACUUAUGGCACCCACUUGCUCGACCCGCAAUACGACCAUGUGCCCAUCCGGCUCCGCCACCUGGUCGCCCGCUGUCUGUGCGAGAUUCCCGACGAUAGGCCGAGUUUUGAGGAGAUUCGCGCCGAAAUCCAGUGGGCAUGGGAUCAUGAGAGUGCAGAGGAAAAGGAGGCAGCAAAACAAUGGAGUCGAACGCACUUUGAGAAGCCGCCGCCGCCCGUGAUUCCGCCGUGGAAGAAAGUGGAAUCGUGGGCGAAGCAAAAGACGAUCUUGCGGUUUGACCAGUAUUUGGAGAAGUACCCUCCUAAAUAA